UAGGUAGUACUACUGUGACUAAUCGAUGACACUGGUAAUAGGGUUAGUAGGGGCCCUAGGGGAAGUAGUUGGGGCAAUAAAGGAAGUAGUAGUGACAAGGAGUACGACAUCAGGGAAACUAAAGGGUGCCCUAGAGAAUGUAAUAGAGGUAGUACUGCUGGUAGUGAAUAAGCUAGUGGAGGGGGUGGAGAAGAAGAAUAAGGGGAAUGGAAAAGUACAGGCGGCACUGGGGAAAUCUAAGGUGGAACUAUAUGGUGUUUGGUGUAUGAAUGUUGGGAUGGAUGGAAAAAUGGGCAAGGCCAGGGGGUAUGGAGGCUGGUAGGCUCAUAAGUAUAAAUACCAAUCAC